AUGGAAAUUUCCAUUCGUUUCUUGAUAAUUUUGGCUUAUUUUUCGUUGGGAUGGGCGACUCCUUUCAAUCAUCUAUCUAAAUUUGACGGGUGGUCAAAUUUAGAACCAGACUAUCCUUUUUAUGUCCAAAAAUUUCCAUAUAGCCAAAACUGUAAUGGAAAUGUUUCUUAUAUUAUGAAUCCUCCGGUAGUUGAGGGCGAAGGCAUAAAUGUGAUUACAAAACACGCAGGCUCUAUUUUGACCGUUCCUAAUGAUAGGAGCAGUGUUACAUGUACCAAGAUUGGUAACAAGAAGAAAAAAUGUUAUUCAGGCAGCUCUCCGAAAUGCUUCAAGGUACCGCACUUCGAUUCGUACAUAUCUGUGACUAUGAGUGAUUCUUCUCAUCAAGCUCCAAAGAACUCAUCAUUAGAUUCAACUCAUUAUUACUAUAUGCUAACACCAAAUAUGACGUUUGUAUACUUCAACUCCUCUGAACGACUGUAUCAGAACGGUUCAUAUUUGAAUUAUGAAAACUACCUUUAUCCUUGCGAAAGCAACCAAUCCUGCCAGUUUGACUUCCUGAGCUUUAGGUUUUUGCUUACUUACAUCAAUCCAAAGCUACAGUAUUGGGGUUACUAUGAUGAAGUUUAUCCCGAUGAAGUGUCUUUCUUCACUUCUCUGAAUAAACAAUUGAAUUUGACCACAAAACCUUCUAAACUUGCAUACAAGGCUCCAAAACUAAAAGCUGUUUCUCACGACAAACACAAGUCAUCCGCCUCUUUCAUAAAGGUCGAUAAAUAUGUCUAUAUUUUCCUGGUUUUCGUUACUGUUUUAUUUACAAACCUAUAA